UGGUCGGACUAAGAAGGAGAUACCAUUUUUUUUUUCUGAAAUCUGAGUCGGUUCGUUUGGUUUGGGAGAAAGACGUUUCGAGUUCCGAUCACAAUUAUUAAUAUUUAAUUUUAUAAUUAUUAUUGUUUUUACAUCUGAAAUCAUCAUAGUCAUAACUCAUAAGAGUCAUCAAAUCUUAAUCAUAAUUCAGAAUCAUAAUAAGAAUCCUCAGCUGAAGUUGCAGCAGCUCCAAACAUGGGGUCACUCAAGAACGACGAAAAUCCUCAGCUUCAACCAUCGAAGGUGUCUUACGAACCUCUUCUCUACGUUAACGGAGUUCGAAGAGUGUUACCUGAUGGAUUAGCUCAUUUCACCCUUCUUGAGUAUCUCAGAGGUAUAGGCCUCACUGGAACUAAACUAGGAUGUGGUGAGGGUGGUUGUGGAGCUUGCACGGUUAUGGUUUCUUCUUAUGAUGAAAAAUCGAGGAAAUGCUUACACUAUGCUAUCAAUGCUUGCUUAGCUCCUCUAUAUUCUGUAGAAGGAAUGCAUGUGAUUACAGUGGAAGGAUUGGGAAGCUGCAAGAGAGGUUUGCAUCCUGUCCAGGAAUCAAUGGCACAAGCUCAUGGUUCACAAUGCGGAUUUUGUACACCUGGUUUUGUUAUGUCCAUGUAUGCAUUAUUGCGGUCAAGUCAAACCCCGCCUAGUGAAGAGCAAAUCGAAGAAUGUCUUGCUGGAAAUUUAUGCCGGUGCACUGGUUACCGACCAAUAGUUGAUGCAUUCCGUGUCUUUGCCAAAACUAAUGAUUUGUUAUAUACUGCGAUUUCUUCUGUGAGCCCUGAAGAAGCUAAGUCUAUUUGCCCUUCAACUGGAAAGCCCUGCUCUUGCAAUUCAAACAAUGUGAAUGAUAAAUGUGUAGUGGGUGAUAAUAGAUAUAAAGCUACUUCCUAUGAUGAAUUAGAUGGGACCAAAUAUACAGAAAAGGAACUUAUUUUUCCACCUGAGCUCCUGUUAAGGACAGCAACCCCUUUGAGUUUGACUGGAUUUGGUGGGUUAAUGUGGUAUAGGCCUUUAACACUUCAACAUUUAUUGGAUUUAAAAGUCAAAUAUCCUGAUGCUAAGUUGAUAGUUGGUAAUACUGAGGUAGGAAUUGAGAUGAGACUGAAGAGACUACAGUAUCGGGUUCUGGUGUCUGUAACACAUGUGCCAGAACUAAAUGUUUUGAAUGUAAAGGAUGAUGGGUUAGAGAUAGGUGCUGCAGUAAGGCUAUCUGAUCUCUUGAGUGUUUUAAGAAAGGUUGUAACUGAGCGAGAUGUUCAUGAAACAUCAUCUUGUAGGGCCUUAAUUGAGCAACUGAAAUGGUUUGCUGGAACACAAAUAAGAAAUGCUGCAUCAAUUGGGGGCAACAUAUGUACUGCGAGUCCAAUAUCAGACUUAAAUCCUCUCUGGAUGGCAGUUGGAGCAAAGUUUCGAAUUAUUGAUUCCGAAGGAAACAGCAGGACAACAUUGGCUGAAAAUUUCUUCUUGGGAUAUCGUAAGGUGGAUUUGGCAAGCAGUGAAAUCUUGCUGUCAGUAUUCCUACCGUGGAAUAAGAGAUUCGAAUAUGUGAAGGAAUUUAAACAGUCUCAUAGAAGGGAUGAUGAUAUUGCAAUUGUAAAUGCGGGUAUGCGCAUUCAUCUACAAGAAACUAGCGAAAGCUGGGUGGUUGCUGAUGCAUCAAUUGCUUAUGGUGGGGUGGCGCCAUGUUCACUUUCUGCUAAAAAAACUAAGGACUUUCUCAUUGGGAAGGUUUGGGAUCAAAAUCUAUUACAAGAUGCAUUGAAAGUCCUACAAAAUGAUAUAAUACUAAAAGAGGAUGCUCCUGGCGGAAUGGUUGAGUUCCGGAAAUCUUUGACUCUAAGUUUCUUUUUUAAAUUUUUUCUAUGGGUGUCUCAUCAACUGGAUGGUGUGAAAGAGUCGAUACCGGCAUCUCAUCUGUCUGCCAUGCAGCCAGUCCACCGCCCAACAAUUACAGGAUCUCAGGACUAUGAAAUCAUGAAACAUGGGACAUCCGUGGGUUCUCCUGAGGUUCAUCUAUCUGCAAAACUUCAGGUUACAGGAGAAGCAGAAUAUGCUGACGACAUACAAUUGCCUCUGAAUGGAUUGCAUGCAGCCUUAGUUUUGAGUAGAAAACCCCAUGCCCGGAUACUUUCAAUUGAUGGUUCAGAGGCCAUGUCUUCACCUGGAUUUGUGGGUUUGUUUCUGGCCAAAGAUGUACCAGCUGAUAAUAAAAUUGGGCCUGUUGUUUAUGAUGAGGAGCUUUUUGCCACAGAUUAUGUAACCUGUGUGGGUCAGGUUAUUGGAGUAGUGGUGGCCGAUACACAUGAAAAUGCAAAGACAGCAGCAAGAAAAGUUAAUGUCAAGUAUGAAGAUCUACCAGCCAUCCUGUCAAUAAAAGAGGCCAUCAAUGCUGGAAGUUUUCACCCCAAUACAGAGAAGUGUUUGAUUAAAGGUGAUGUAGAUCAAUGUUUUCAGUCAGGUCAGUGUGACAGAAUAAUUGAAGGGGAAGUUCACAUUGGAGGUCAGGAACACUUCUAUCUUGAGCCACAUAGCAGUUUGGUGUGGACAUUGGAUGGUGGAAAUGAAGUUCAUAUGAUAUCAUCUACUCAGGCCCCUCAGAAGCACCAGAAAUAUGUUUCUCAUGUUCUUGGUCUCCCCAUGUCAAAGGUAGUGUGCAAAACAAAGCGAAUUGGUGGUGGAUUUGGGGGGAAGGAGACAAGGUCAGCCUUUAUUGCUGCUGCAGCUUCAGUUCCAUCAUAUCUGUUAAAUCGGCCUGUGAAGCUCACACUUGACCGAGAUGUUGACAUGAUGAUAACUGGGCAACGCCAUAGUUUUCUUGGGAAGUACAAGGUCGGAUUUACAAAUGAAGGGAGGGUACUCGCAUUGGAUCUUGAAAUUUAUAACAAUGGCGGAAAUUCACUGGAUCUGUCACUUGCUAUCCUUGAACGUGCUAUGUUUCAUUCAGAUAAUGUGUAUGAUAUACCAAAUGUGAGGAUAGUUGGAAAGGUCUGCUUCACUAAUUUCCCUAGUCACACUGCUUUCCGUGGAUUCGGUGGUCCGCAAGGCAUGCUUAUCACUGAAAACUGGAUUCAUAGGAUUGCUGCUGAACUCAAGAUGAGCCCAGAAGAGAUAAAGGAAAUUAAUUUUCAGCAAGCAGGAUAUAUUUCGCAUUAUGGCCAGCAACUUGAGCACUGCACACUACACCAGCUGUGGAAUGAACUCAAGUUAUCCUGUGACUUUGUGAAGGCACGUGAACAAGUUGACUUAUUCAACAGUCAUAACCGCUGGAAGAAGCGUGGCAUUGCUAUGGUUCCAACUAAGUUUGGUAUAUCCUUUACAACAAAGCUUAUGAACCAGGCAGGUGCUCUGGUUCAUGUUUAUACAGAUGGAACUGUUUUAGUUACCCAUGGGGGUGUAGAAAUGGGGCAAGGUUUGCAUACAAAAGUUGCUCAGAUUGCUGCAUCAGCUUUCAACAUCCCCCUAAGUUCUGUCUUUAUAUCAGAGACAAGUACUGACAAGGUUCCUAAUUCUUCUCCAACAGCAGCUUCUGCGAGUUCUGAUAUGUAUGGAGCAGCGGUUUUAGAUGCAUGUGAGCAGAUAAAGGCACGCAUGGAACCAAUUGCUUCACGGAACAACUUCAACUCAUUUGCUGAGCUAGCUGUUGCGUGCUAUAUAGAGCGAAUAGACCUUUCUGCCCAUGGAUUUUAUAUUACACCUGAUAUUGGCUUUGAUUGGAAGAUGGGUAAAGGAAAACCUUUUAGGUAUUUCACUUAUGGGGCUGCAUUUUCUGAGGUGGAAAUUGACACCUUGACUGGAGAUUUUCACACUAGAGUGGCAAAUAUAAUUAUGGAUCUAGGUUUCUCUCUGAACCCAGCACUAGAUGUUGGUCAGAUUGAAGGAGCUUUUAUUCAAGGUUUGGGUUGGUUAGCUUUAGAAGAACUCAAAUGGGGAGAUGCAGCACAUAAAUGGAUUCCCCCUGGUUGUCUUUACACAUGUGGACCUGGAGCUUACAAAAUUCCUUCUAUCAAUGAUGUUCCUUUGAAAUUCAAUGUCUCACUUCUAAAGGGUCAUCCAAAUGUGAAGGCCAUCCACUCAUCUAAAGCCGUUGGCGAGCCGCCGUUUUUCCUAGCAUCGGCAGUGUUCUUCGCCAUCAAGGACGCCAUCAGAGCUGCAAGACUUGAAGUGGGAUGCGGUGAUUGGUUUCCUCUUGAUAAUCCAGCAACUCCUGAGAGAAUUCGAAUGGCUUGUUUAGAUGACAUUACAUCCUCACUUAUUAACUCAGAUUUCCAUCCUAAACUUAGUGUUUGACACUGCACUUAUUCGCUUGUUCAUUUUCUUAUUCAACAGCAUGUCAACAUACAAAGAAUGGAGCAGGAAAUAUAUAUGUACGCUUAAUUUGUUACAUUAAAUAAAUGCCACAUUUGAGAUC